AAUGAAUUCACCUGGCAACGUUGCAACACUCUUCUCAAUUUCUGGCACAGGUUUCUUCCCCAAGAUUUCCCUUUGCCCUCUGUUGACGACUAGUUAGAUGUUUAUUUAUCUAGCGGGAUCUACGCGUGCAAGAUGGCGUCUAUUUGAUAAUUUGACGUUUCCCGAGAAUAUUGUUUUGUGAUGGUGACGAUGGUGACUCUGUGAUGUGAAGGAAGAAGGAAGGCACUUAUUAUUUUUGGAAUAAUCAAGUGGGGAAAAGUCAUGGUGAGGCCCUAAGAGAAAAAAUGUGUUGUACCCAUAUGAGAUCAAUGACACGAUAGAAAAACCUAGGAGCAAUUUAUUAGUUGUAUUUUUAAGGGAUGUCGGGAAUAACAACAAACGCCCCAUCAUCGGCCGAUGCUUGUCUCAGCAUUGUACACAGUUUGAUGUGCCACCGACAAGGUGGAGAAAGUGAGGGUUUUGCUAAAAGAGCUAUAGAGUCAUUGGUAAAGAAAUUAAAAGAAAAAAGAGAUGAACUUGACUCACUUAUAACAGCAAUCACAACUAGUGGGGCACAUCCUAGCAAAUGUGUAACAAUACAAAGGACACUUGAUGGGAGAUUGCAAGUCGCUGGGCGUAAAGGAUUUCCUCACGUGAUAUAUGCAAGAAUCUGGCGUUGGCCUGAUCUUCACAAAAACGAACUAAAACACGUCAAGUACUGUCAGUUUGCAUUCGAUUUGAAAUGUGACUCGGUCUGUGUUAACCCUUACCACUACGAGCGGGUGGUAUCCCCGGGUAUUGACCUGUCAGGCUUGACAUUGCAAUCAGGCGGUCCCAGGAUUGUCAAAGAUGAAUACACUGCUGGUCCAGUUCCGGGCAGCAGCAUGGAGAUUGACGGAGAACUAGGCAUCAAUGUGUCGCAGACCAUACAGCACCAUCCGCCUCAACAGAACUUUGCGAUAACUGGGCUUCAACAGGCACCUGCCAGUGAACCAGCGAUAUAUAAUUCGUCGAAUAGACCGCCGGUCUUGGGGUCUACGACCACCACACCAAAAAUUGAAGGUGGACCUCCAGACGCAUGCUCCCGCAGCAAUUGGUUACCUCAUAUGCAUAUGCAUCAAAACAUCAGCCAGACGAACUAUACCUCGUCUACCACACCAGCGAUACCUGAAAGGACCCAGGAGCCUAUCCCCCAACAAAACAUACCGAGCAGUUCCCCAGUGUCUCCUCACUUGCAGCAAAAUGGCUUCAGCAGUACUACGACCACGAACGUUGCACCAACCAACAACGGUACUCCACAGCCAACCCCAACGAUUGGUCAAACAUUUACUGGACCCGGGGGAACUUGGACUGGAUCCAAUACUCUAACAUACACCCAGUCCAUGCAACCUCCAGAUAGCAGGAACCACCACACCACUUAUUGGAACCAUAAUAACUCCAACCAAAUAAGUUCAGACGUAAACAUAGCUGGCCUACUAUCAUCACAGCCAGCUCCCGAAUAUUGGUGUUCAGUAGCUUACUUUGAACUGGAUACGCAGGUUGGAGAGACAUUCAAGGUGCCAUCUAACUGUCCAAAUGUAACAGUCGACGGUUAUGUAGAUCCUUCAGGUGGUAACAGAUUUUGUCUAGGCGCUUUAAGUAACGUUCACCGGACUGAGCAGAGUGAACGAGCUAGGUUACAUAUAGGGAAGGGUGUGCAGUUGGACCUUAGAGGAGAAGGAGAUGUAUGGUUGAGAUGUCUGAGUGAUCACUCAGUCUUUGUUCAAAGUUACUAUUUGGAUAGAGAAGCAGGAAGACAACCUGGUGAUGCUGUACACAAGAUCUACCCCGGGGCCUAUAUUAAGGUUUUUGAUUUGCGUCAGUGUCAUCACCAAAUGACAACUCAAGCCGCUACAGCGCAAGCUGCUGCGGCAGCUCAAGCAGCAGCUGUGGCAGGACAUAUACCCGGACCCCAUUCUGUAGGUGGUAUCGCCCCAGCAAUCAGUUUAUCAGCAGCAACAGGUAUAGGAGUAGACGACCUGCGGCGUUUAUGCAUCCUGAGACUGAGUUUUGUCAAAGGCUGGGGACCUGACUACCCCAGACAGUCUAUCAAAGAGACACCAUGUUGGAUAGAAGUGCACCUGCAUAGGGCGUUGCAACUCCUUGACGAGGUGUUGCAUACGAUGCCUAUUGACGGUCCGCGAGGCAUUGAAUAAAUAUUUACUGUGACCAUGCGACACUAAAAUAGGUCUCCAACACAUAAGGACUCGCGCUGUUGUCCGAUAAUUACAACAGCUUUGUCGAGCGUGGCACUGCGAAUUUGAUUAUCGGACAACUGAGUUUGCAAUAUUGUUUAAUGCUUUAAAUACAUGACGACGCCUGACGCUGGAUAUUUCUAUACAUAUACGAGUAUAUAUUGAAGUCAUUACACAAUGCACAUCUUGGUGGAAAUUCAUUUUGUUCUCUAAGAUGUCGAUUCAUUGCAAAUUCUAUCCACUUGUCGUCGGCAAUAUGUUGCAUACUUUCUGAAUUUUCUUUCAUAAAACGUAUGGGUAUGGUCAGGGUCCAAAGGGAUUUUUUAGUCCUGAAAGUAAUUAUAGUAAAUAUUUUAGAACCUAUGAACUUUGAUCAACUUUUUUGUUUUUAGUUUAAAAGCCCAAGGUUCGUAGUUUUGGCAAAUUUCACCCAUUUUUAUUUAACUAUUUUCCUUCUUUAAAUCUAUAAUAAAACACUGAGAGACAACAUGCAGCGGGUCAAAAAAGUAAUGUCAUACCCCAUUUUUUUUCUUGAAUCUGAUAUGACAAUAAGGUAUUAGCUGCGAAUAUUUUUUUUAAAAUCUUAUUUACUUCUUUUAGCGUUUCAUUACUUCUUUAACCCUCGAAUUUCAUUAGUCCUAUUAUUAUUCUUAUAUUGUUCUAAAAAAUUAAUCUUUUCGUUAUUGAGAUUCAGGAAAAACAAGGUUAUGCUAAUGCUUUUUUGGCCCUCUGUAUAUAUAAAAAUUAACGCGUUGCACCACAACAUGCAAGUACUAAAAUAAAUAAGAUUUUGAAAAAAGUUUUAAAUGCAAAAAUCAACUCGAAAUUUGAGUUAUUUUCAGAGUCGAAAUCUCUCUUAUGGACCCCGAUCCAUACCAGAAAUCAGUACCAGGUCAUCGUCUGCUCGAUGUUUAAGUAGUACGAGGUGUGUUCAAAAAGUAUCGAACCUUUGGUCGGCAUACGUAUUUAUUUAUUUGGUCUGAAACUUCAAUCCCCUUCAAAGUAGUCUCAUUGGCGAUGCACAUACUUCUGCCAUUUUUGGAAAGAGUCCUGGAACGCAGUUUUUGGAAUGGUGUUUAACCGGUCCGUCGCAUUCCGCGUGAUCUCUUGACUCAAAUCGGGUCCCUUUCAGCGACAUUUUGAGCUUAGGAAGUAGCCAAAAGUCACAGCAUCACGAAGGUGGCGGAAGGAAAAAUUCCGGGAUAAAUGUCCCUUAUAUAUCUCCACAAAGUCCCCGCGCUUCAUUGCUUUACGUUCGAUACUUUUUGAACGCACCUCGUAUAUAUUGAAAGCUGAGCGCCAAAUGUGGUAGGGGACUCAAAAUGAUCUGGCAGGAAAAUAAGCCUGAAGUCUGAUAAACAAGAAACCUUUCCGUGAGUCAUUUUGUUUACACAUUGAUCAACUGAAAGAAAUGUUUGUACAUUUGUUGGAGACAUAAGAACCAACAGUAUACAGGGUGUAAAGUUGGUAGUGGAUCAACCGAAGGCAGGUGAUAGAGUGCCUCAAAACCUAUUGAAUGAACCCCUAUAUGUGUGGUCCUAAAUUCUAUAGUCCAGGAGAUAUUUGCAAUUUUGUGAAAUUUCGAUAAAAACGGGAUAAUGCAAUUUCAGUUGCAAUUACAACUAGAUCAUUAGGUUUAGGGCUGUGAUUUUUUUUCUGGGAUGAGCUAAAUGGUUAGUUUUAGCAGUUGUUAUGUCACUCUUUAACAGAGCUUACUAAUCAACGCAAAAAAAUUUAAAUUCAUUUUUUUGUGAAAAAUCUGUCCCAUCCCUCAACUUUGGAGGGUGGUAAAAAAAUUGAGGUUGUAUUUCAUUAUUAUCCAUUAUCCCGUUUUAUUUCGAAAUCUCACAAACUUGCAAAUAUCUCCUGAACUAUACAAUUUUAGGCCACCCAUAUAAGGGUUCAUUCGAUAUGUUUUGAGUCCCUCUAUCAACUGACUUCCGUUGAUCCACUACUAACUUUACACCCUGUAUAUUGCUGAUCGUUAAAAUUGGAACUACCUAGUUAGACAUAUAUGUAUAUAUUCCUGAACGUGAGAUUUUAUCAAUAGCUGAAGUAUAUGUAAUUUUAAAGUGACUUUUCAGGAGUAAGAAUUCAUCAAGAGGCAUUUCACCUUAACACUCGCGUAGCUAAGAACGAUUUUAGUCAAUUCCAAUAUAGUUUUCUGUUUCGGAUUUUCUGGCAAAAACUGAAACGAAACAACAAAUUUACUAUAAAAAUCUCUUUGAUAUCAUACCUGACCGUUCAAUGUGCAAAACCUCAAAUUUCAUUGAUUGUCACACCUGCGAUUUGGCCAAAAAGAUUUGUGAUUAUACUCUGAUCUAUCUGGUUAUUAUGGUUCAGAAAAAAACGAUAGAUAAACAAAGUACGUUUGCGUCUUGGUUUCGGGAGGUUCGUAACUCCACAGUCUGACCUAGGGAAACGCAUAACGCAGUCAAGGUCAGACCUAUGAUGCUAAAUCAAAAUUGGCGUGACUGUAGGGCCGGAUCUUUAGCCGCCAUUUUGAUAAGCGCUUUUAAUCGAUUAUCUCUUAACCUAUAAAAAGUGAGAGGGUAACUUUUAUAUAGAAUUAAAUUCUUCACCAUUUUGUUGUACAAACUUUUACCAUACGGUCAACAUUUUACGAGAUAUUGAACGUCAAAUUUAGACUAAACUAGAACCCCACAAGUAUACAGGCUCUUUUUAAUUUUUUGUACAAAAUAAAGUGUAUUACUGAAAAGGUCUUUUGCAAUUUUUUGACAGAUUGAUGGUUCUUGGAGUACAAGCAGUGUAAGUUGAACAUUCGUAUCAAAACUUAAAUUAUUUAGUGUUAUAUCCGCUCCUUAUAGUCUAAUCAUAUUAGACGAAAAUACUCCUGGUUUGCGAAAUAAUUGUAAAAUACAUACAAUGGGUACACCAAUUUUUGUGGGAAAACUUUUUAUUCAAAUAAUGAGAAAACGUGGUUUUUGUGAUUCAAUCGAUAGUGUUGGAAGGAACGAAAAAACUCUUCAUAUAAGAUUUUUAAUGAAGACAAAUGAGACCACACGUAAAAAGAUCCGACUAGUAGCAAAAAAGUUAUGGCCGAAAACCGAGGUAAAAUGCAGCUUUUGGCACUUGGUAAUGCGACGAUGGUUUCUCGGAUUCAUACUUCUAAAUAACCACAACAAAUUUGAAGUAGAUUGGUCAAGUAGUUUUUGAGAAUCACUAAUUGUUUGUUGUGGUUAUUUAGAAGUAUGAAUCCUACGGAUUUGAAAAAUUUUCAAGUAGUUGCGUGAAACUAUCGUCGCAUUACCAACAAGUGUCAAAACCUGCAUUUUGCCUAUUUCGGCCAUCACAUUUUUGUUAUUAGUCUUGUGGUCUUAUUCUGUAAGCCUUAUAAAUACCUAAAAAUCUUAUUUAAAGAGUUUUCUCGUUCGUGCCAACACUUCUGAUUGAAUCCCAAAAAGCACGUUGUCUCAUUCUUUGUUGUUGAAUAAAAAGUUUUCGCACAAAAAUUGGUGUACCCAUUUUAUGCAUCCACGUUUUAAAUACCCCCUUUAACAACUUGCAACAAUAAAGCCAGACUUUACAAUUAUUACGCGACAAUUUGCUAAUAUGAUUAGACUAUUAAGAAUACCACUUACCGUGUUAUUUACUUUAUUAAAAAAAAUUUGAAAUACGACUACUCUUUCUCCUGAAAAAUCAUUAUAUCAGCUCUAGUGGAGCAAACUGAAGAUAUUAAAAUGGUGCUUCUAUAAUCUGUAUAUAUUUGCAUCAAAAUGAACUGAACAAGUCUCAAAAAUAUGAUCUCAGGUGUUGAAAUAUUGAGACUACAUUUAAUCUUCAGCUGUUGUCAAGUUCUGAAGUCUGACAAAAUGAGCCUAUGGAACCUAUUUUUUCAAGAACUAAAAAGAAGGAAGAAAAUUACAGGGUGUUGAACAUAAUCGAAAGUAAAAGGUGUAAAUUUUCUUUGACGUUUAAAAAAAAUCUUUGAUUAUGCUGUGUACAAGGCUAGUGAUUUUCUGUUAACGUUAUUUACACUAAAGUAUGCAUAUUUAUUUCAGUGUGUUCUUUUGACCGCUGUUGUGCUUUGAGGUGUUAGUAUAUUUUAGUUGACAAAAAAUAUAAAUCUCGGAAAGUAUUUUUUAUUUUAAAAAUCAUCUCCUACUGUUUUGACACCCUGCAAAAUAUUUAUGUAUAUGUAGCUCUAGACUUAUCUGAAAAAGAUAUAUACGAUAUGUAAUCGUCUUUGUAUAUUGAGCAUUGUACUGUAAUAACGUAUCUAUAUUUUUUAAUCAGUAAACAGUGUUACACCGUUUCAGGAUGUCGAGCUGGUUUCCUUCAAAAAAGUCAUAUUUGCUAUUCCUAUUAUAGCUUUUUAAAGAAGACGAAUGUGGCUUGUAUCGAAUGUAUUAGGUAAGCUGCCAUGUCUUUUUAGUUGCAAAAUAUCACAUUUUUUGCGUGUAUUAAAAAUUGCCAAUAUUUCUUAGUUGUUUUGAAGGGAAGGGGUCAUAUAAACAUGGGCUUUCGUAUUCAGGAUAAAGGGUGUUGUAAAUUAUAUUCUAUUAAUUUUCUUUCUUAUUUUGAAGUAGGUACAAAUUUUCCAGUUUAUACGCCACUGUUAUAGUCUCAGGUACGAACAGCGAGUAUGUUUAGUUAACAAUAACUAGAGAGAUAGGAAAAAUGGGCGCUUGCGGGAUUUGAACACGCAUCUCCUUCAUUCCCAAAAAUUGGCUUUGUCGGACUCUUUAAAAUACCGUCUCGGCGAUGUCUUGCUCGUUUGAGCUGAAUUUUUUUCCCGUGAGCCAUUUCUUCAUGUUAGGGAACAAGAAAAAGUCACAGGAGGCCAGAUCGGGUGCGACAGCACUUCAUAAUGCAAUUCAUGCAGUUUGGCGCCGAUUAUGUCUUAAGUUGCCGUUUACCAAAACAUUGUAUAUAUUGGUUAAUAACAAAAAUAAUAAUUACAGUACUCUGUAUUUCCAUGUUUAUAUGAGCUUUUUGUCUCAGAACACGUGAAAUAUUACGGACGUCUUCCCUAUAUGGGAAAUACCGAGUCGAUCUACUUGACAACAUUUUUCAUUUUUUAGUCGUUGAUGCUAGAAAGUUAUGAUACUGAGAUGCAUGCCUCAUUUGAAUAUUAUGGCGCGUUUUCUAGCUUCCAGAAAAACUCACUUUUUUGAGGAAAACACUGGACACAUCGGCAAUGAAGUUGAAGUUUAGAAUACAAUGUACAGUAUAGAAAUGCUAGAGUCACGACAGUCUAUCAGGUAAAAACUUACAUUUUAGGCUCUACGUAUGAGGGAUAAAGAAGUAUAUUUUAUUUUUGUACUUUUUUAAAUUCCUUUUUACGGAAAUGCAUGCAUAGUCAGGGUUUAUAAAAUCAAUCAAGUAGUUUAGUCUAUAUGCAAUCGCUUAACGCAAUAUAUUGACGUUAUACCCAAAUAAACCAAGCAAUAAAACAACAACUCAGCGGUUUGUGCUUUAAAAAACUAAGUCAGUCAUUCAUUCUUUGAGGUGGCUUUUUGAGGGCUGAUGAUGCGAUAUGAAGUUUGUUGUUACAAAAUUUGAUUUUCAAAUUCUCAUUUGGCAUCCUGGCAAAAUUAAGUUGGGUUCUGUAGAAUAGAAUACUGUAAAUAUUUUGCCAGGUUGCCAUUGAAUAUUUUCAUGUCAUGCUACCAUUUUUUUAAUUUUGGCUAUCGUCAAAAAAUCUUUCGGGAGUUCUUCUUGAACUUGCUAUUUUCGCCUGAGAAGUUUUCAUCGAAUAAUUUAUUUGGGUAAUAUGCCAAAACUGAACACCUACCCGAUAUUGCCUACGCUUUUCACGAUAAUUCUCUAACAGACCGGUUUUUUCAAAAACAAGUUCAUUUUAGAUUCUCAGAUCACUAAGGAGCCACAAGUUUAUGAAUAUAAUGCAUUUUGAAAUGAAUUUACCAUUUCGCAAUGUUAUUGUGAAACUUCGUCGUCAAUUUUAACUAUUUCCAAAUUUACAUCUUCUGAUGUAUAAUGUGUUCUCAUGAUGUUGUAAAAUGAAGUGUUGAGAAUUCUCGUGAUGAAGUGUAGACAAGAUAUCUCUUUGUACAUGACAAUUUUUCGCUAUUGACACACUAUGCAAUACGAUUCAGGUGCCAAAAGUCACUAUUUAUAAAGAGCUAUGUUGCUCCAAGGAGCAUUUUCAUUGUUUCUAUGAAUUAGAAAACAGUGUCACAUGUAUUGUGAAUCAAGAGCUCGGACACGCAUGAAUUCUUAGUUAAUGUGAUUUUGAAUUAACCUAGAAUUAACCCCUGUUCGGGCGCUGAAGGGAAUGGGUAUGCAACAGGAUAUUGGAGUGUAUGAAUUUGUGAAAAAUCGCGUCAAGGCAGGAUCGCUAUAUUUUUCGAAAUUAAUUUUUAGAAGGCUAAGUUGCCUAUAACGAAAAAAUAUCAGAACGUCGAUAUUUUAUUGUAUGAGUUCCAUUUUCGGAUUAAUGCAACUGUACAUAUUAUAUUUUGUAGUAGUAUUCGGUUAGAAAAAGUCUAUAUAUUUAUAGUUACUCGAUCAUAGGAGUAUAUGACGUCUUGUUUUUAAAGUUAAGAUUUUCGGUCUAUAUUUCAUUUAUUUUGUUGCUGUUGGUUUAAUUUAAAUUUUAUAUGGUAAUAAUUUUUCCAUACUUGCGUGAUUUCUUAUGUCGAUUUUCCUAUAAAAACUGCUUAAGUUAUAUCCCAAAAUAAAAAAAAGACAAAAAUAUAUUUUGAUAACUAAAAUAAUAAGCUCUAUUUUUAAGGAUAAACAUGUUUUUGCUGCUUUAAUUUAAGUGUUAGGUGUUCUAAAAAAAACAACCAAAGGCACAUAACUAUAUUCCUUAAAUGUCCUUUAUUUUGUUGCCAUAUUUUCAUAGACGUAAGUUCGGAAUACAUAAUCUACAAACUAUAACUGACAAAAUAUGAGAAACAUAGUCGAGUCAUUAGAAAAACAAAAACUCAAAACCCUUUCCGCUAAUGUCUUCUCAAAUGCUGGUUCAUUUGAACGUAUUUUGCUUUACGCUUUUUUGCCAAGUUCCAUUUAAAUAAAACUACUCGUACUUGACACGGCGUACAUGAGGUUUGAACAUGAAGGUGCAAUUAUUUACUUUUAUAAUGAACAUGAAUUUUUAUUUUGUUUGCUUCUGCUUAUGAAGGAAGUGGCCUCACUUUUUUCAAUCGUGUCAGGUACAGGAGCGACAAGACUUUUUAUAACCUUUCAGAAUGUCUUUCCAAUUUUAUUUCUCUAUACUGAGUGACCAGGAAGUUAUACGUUUCAUACCUUUUAAACCCCUUUGUGGCAGCCGAAACGUCAGUAAAUCGGAAAUAUUUUUUCAUGCCUAUCAAGAAGAGAAGUUUCAAAACCGACGUGUAACAAAUUCAUCUCAGUAAUAUUUAGUUAUAGUUUGUCGAUAUGUGCCGUAUCGAAUUUUCGAGAAUUUUAAUUUCUUUGUUUUUUUCUUAAUAAUUUACUCUCUGUAGAUAAUUAGUUUUAAGAUGAAGUGCAAAUCUGGCGUUAUUAACUUUUAUAAAGUCAUAUUAGUCAUAAAUGCACAGUGAUGGAGCAUGCGUGCCAUCUCCGAAAAUUAGUCAUGUUAUUGAGUGUGCAAAACUCAAGCUCAAAAAGUGAUAUUUUGAACUUGAAAUAUGUAUUUGUAUAUAUUCAGAUAAAUAUGUUCGCAUUAAACUAUUUUGCAUAUAUUGAGGCAUCUUUGUUAUAAUUUAAAAUAUAAUGGAACUACUAAGCUCAAGUAUUGUUAUUUUUAAUGGUAGUGGUAUGUAUGCUCCCGACUUUAUUUAUAUUGACACGUUUGUAAAUAUUUUUUCAUGCUAACCAAAAAUGUCCCUUGUAUCUCAUAGUUUUUAUAUUAUAGAUGCGUUCUUUAGUAUUUUUUUUCAGUCAAGUAUGUCAUUCGCUAAGUAGUAGCUUUACUUUUUAGAAAGUGUCUUUGAUUUUGUAACAUCUGUCAUACAAGGUAUGCCACAAAAACGGUUCUUCGUGCCGCAUUUGGUCUGCACAGUGUCUAUCGGAGAGGGAUAUCAUAUAAAUGACUAUUUGGAUGUUAGUUUUUAAAUAAAUUUAAUAUAAAAAAUCAUCGUUUCGUUGUUGAGAUCCAAGAAAAAAAUAUGGUGUGCCAAUACUUCUUUGGCCCACUGUAUCUUUCCGACUAUAUGAAUCCAUUUUUAUUUGGAUUUAGUCACACUGAAUUGAGUGGAAUAAAAGUGGAUAACUGGCAAUCCAGAAUAAUACACUACAGGCCAACAAAUAUAUUUUUGAAAAUCCCGAGGAGAUCCAAAAUGGAAGUGUAUUUAUUUGAAAUAGUUGACGUGGCAUAUCUAGUGUGCAAUUUAACCGUUUUCAAAAAGUGAAAAUUAAAUUGGUAAUUGUGAUACUAGAUUUGAGGAAGCAGUAUUUAUUAUUGUAAAAUCAUUGGUCUAGAUUUUAGAAUUGCAUUCUAUUUCUAUAUUUAUAUUAAUGAUAUGUUAACUUUUACGUCUAUUAUCAUUAUAUCUCAC